AACCAGUUCUCACCCCCUACCCCCCUCCACCAACUCGCACUGACCCUGGUGGUGAAGUAUGGAAAUCACACCCCGUGACUACAGGCAGGCCUUCACCCAGCAGUGGCUCGACAAGGAGGUGUACAUCAAGACUUAUUCAUUAUAUAGUACUGCAGUACAUUGGUGGUCUUUUGGUAUCACAGUCCUAUCUAUUGUGUUGUGAGUUCAAUGGGCAAAGUAUUGUCUGUGUGAACUUGUAUGUAUCAUUGUUACUAUACGUGUGGAUUACACGUGUAUAGGAAGGUAACGUGCAUGUUAGCUGCGUCAUGAUAUGCACUCAAUAGUGAACUGCACGUGGAAAUCAACACGUUGUCAAGUGUUUGUGUUAAAUCAAAUUUUUGAUAAAGUUCAAUAGUCUGCACAUUCACAUUGCAAAUUGAUACAAUCUGCCCAACUACUAUAUUUUCUCAAGCUAUAUAUGUACAUGCUUGUCUCGGUAAGCUGCCCAGUGUGUUCUGAAAAUGAUUCACAGUAUAUAUCGUAUAUCGAUGAGAUAUUUAGUUGUUGCGUUGAACACAACAACACUCCGUGACACGUACAUGGGGUUAGUGAAUAGCAAUCAAUAUAAAGACACGUCGAUGGGGGGGAAAUACACUUCCUGUCCAUUAAAAUAAAAACUGUAUUCAAUCAAAGGCAGCGGUACCAGUGUAUGUCGCUGUGUUUUGCUGGAUUUCCCUUGUUAGUCAGCCAUCAAAAUCUGUUGGGGAAAAAAAUGCAGCACAUGCGUGUAUUUAAUUUUGUUUUUAUAUGAACCAAACAAUACCACGUUCCAUAUAUGGUACACGCUCAUUUUGUUGUGUUUACAUGUAGCAAAUACUGUUAUGUUAGUUUUAGUUAACUAAAACUUUAACAUUUAUUUUUAAGGCCUUGGAGCGGACAUAUUUAAAGCCACGUACAACCUAUAAUACUUUUUCACUCUUCAUAAAUACCCAUUUUGCAUGUGGGAAGAAACCCAGAUCACUUGGAGAAGUCAACAAGUAUGAGGUGAUUUAUAGUACGUGAUCCGCAUAGAUGGAUCCAUAAGUAUAUUUUCUGUACUACAGUCUACUAGCCAUCAGACAGCCAUGGGUUACAGACAGGGCUUCAUUAAUCACUUACUUUGCUUUUCAUGUCGCUGGUAGACUGUAGAAUGGUUUGUAACUAGGAACCACAGCCAUAGCAAUAAGUAUACUGGAUGUGGUGUGCUGGAUGCGGACAUCUUUCCAGGUCGCCAACGCAGAAUACAAUCGGGCUGGAAUUAAGCCCUCAUUUCGGAGUUUCACAAAUCCCGUGUAACCCACCAACCCUUGCGUAUGAAACAUGACUAUUUCCCAAACAUCGCCUAAUAUAUAUUUUUCCCUUUGGAGAGUGUUAGUGACACACGUGUUGAGUUUUUCGUUAUUUGCGCUUGGGCAUCACUGCCAACGCAGCAUAUCCAACUAACUUGCCAUAAAAGUGCAAGUAUAUACAGUAGGCAAGGCACCGCAUGAGGUUGAUCAUGAAUUAUACUGCACAGCCAAACUUCUGUCAGCAGCCUCUGCUCGUGUGCCUCCCAGAGGGACGUGCAUGGCUAGCGAGCCCCUCCAGGUGUCUCACUUAUUUUUGCCGGCCAGGACCGUGGGCCGCUUUUGGAACGCACAAUGUUUCCCGGUUGACGUCGACAUUAUCAGUAAAACGUCGAGAGGAACAAUACGAGGCAUGGUCCAAGCAGAGGUUAGGAAGCCGACAUGUUAAACACGAGCCACGCCGACUAUUCCCAGCAUUGCAGUAGCAGUCGGGCACAAACCCAGUUCAUGGAAAGGGCGCGAUCUAAAUCCAAAAAUGGAAUAGAAUGGAGACAGAGCUACCUGUUCUGUAUUUUAAUUUCUCACCAUUUGCCACGUGUGGUUAAUUCAGGGCAGAAGCUUGAUGUUUAUUGGUGAAAGUCUGGUGGGGGGGGGGGGAAACGAUAACGCAAAGAGCAGACAACAUUGUCUCCCUAAACACGACUCAGGAUUUAUCACCGACUCAAAACAUUUGAGUGGCAUCAUCCCAUAUCCAUCUAACAAAGGAGACGACUAAAAUAACAAUAACAGUGGUUGAGACUGCUUAUGUUUGGAAGACCAAGAUGUUUACAAAACCCUCAGCCACUUAGCUUGAACAUAUGAUGCAUAUGAUGCAUCGUUAGAUGCCUUGGGGGCACGUGCUAUUAGUUAGGACCUAAAACAUCUGACACUACACAUAGUGAAGGCAAGGAGAAUUGGUGAGGUGUGGUAACAUCAACGGCUUUGGCAAUGAUGAAAUAUUGAUCUUGACUACACAUGGUGAAUUGGUUUGGUCAGAACCACAACAGGAUGCUCUCCUAUUUAAAACCCAAGUCAAGUUGUUGAAGGGACUAUCACAAAGGUAUGUGCGGUUAUGGUCAUGAAGCCACAUUAUAAGGCAGAUAAGCGCUCAUAUAGGACGCCACGGGAUGCGAGAUGUUAACUACUUUGCCUGGUAUACAGGAAGUCGUGGGUUCAAUCCCAACCUUGACGCCGGUAUAUUUGGAGUUUGGAUGUUCUCCCCGUGGUUGCGUGUAUUUUUUCUUCGGCUCCUCCGUUUUUUAUAUCCAUAUUUAGAAGCAUGCGUUUGGAUUAUUUGGCUGCUAGACAUUUCCACGCGAUAGGCCACUUCGUUGAGCUAUCAUUUGUGGCCAGGUCGCUUCUGAAAAAAGAGCUAUACAAUGUAGCUCAGUGGGCCUUACGUAGUAAAAUAAAACGUUUAGUUUUAGGUUGUGUUUUGUAAAGACACACGUGUAACUAAACACCAAUCAUAACAAUACCAUUAUAAUACAAUUAUAACAUUGGCUGGCAAUACAAGCCAAAUAUCCAUUGUUAGCUUAUAUCCCAUGUGUCUCAGCUUAAUUACCACUGUGUUGGCUAAUGUCCUGGAUAUCCGCAGUUAAAGUACAAAGGUUUCACAAGCUCACAGCUCCCUGCUACAUGAUGUGUGCAUUGCUUGGUCAACCACAAUGUUCUGUGAAAUUACUUGGGAGAAAAUAAAAAUGAAUGUAAUGCCCUGUCAACACAUGAUAUCCAUUUAUAUAAUGAGUCUCUAAUAUCUUUUACAGUUUCACUUGUCAUGCCACAGUGUUGUCUUAUGGUGGCCCAAUUGCAUAACAAUAUUAUUCUUACGUACGUAUGUACGUUGAACUUCUUUCGCACCGUACAUAGCCAACUGUGCACGGGAAAAGUACAUCAAACUAAACACAAAAAGCAGUUCUAAAGAAGUUAAUGUACACCACUGUCAUGGGGAUUAUUUUACCAAAAUUCACUACGCUAGUCAAUACGGUUUCGUGCCAGGAGCGUUGAUACAGUAUAACAAUGCAUUUUACGAAAACUAAACUUUUUAAACAUUUUACCAGGUAAAGGCCCAUUGAGCUACGUAGCUGUUUUUCAGACGCGACCUGGCCACAAAUUAUAGCUCAACAAAGUGGCUUAUCAUCAUGUGGAAAUGUAUCGCAGCCAAAUACUCUAAAUGCGUGAUGUUGAUUCUAAAUGUGGAGGGGAAAACCGGAGUACCCAGAGAAACAUCCACACGAAUACGGGGAGAGCGACACGCAAACUCCGAAUAUACAGCAGGCAGCAGGGUCUGAAUCGAACCCACGACCUCCUGUAUACCAGGCGAGGUAGUUAAUAUCUCAUCACCGCGGUGCCCUAUUUUUCCACUGCCCACAACGUAGCCCCGCAGUCUCUCACACCUGUUAUGCAUGGUGGUCACCUAUCAAAACACUAUCUAGGCCCAAUUCUGGGUGAUACUUUCCUUUGUUAAACACGUAGAAUGCUUAUGGUAUACUGCAUGGCUUAAAUCUUGUUAUCUUUCAAAAUCUUCCACCAUGUCAAAUCCUCAAGUUAAUAUUACGUGAUGUAUUAUUAUGGCUUACUUGUAUGGAUGCUGGCAACAGCUAAUUUAAUCUCAGAUAGCUGGUGGAUGCCUUCAGUCAAGUUGGAUGUAAAGCGUGCAAAAUUAAUUUAGCGUUUUAUUCGAAAUAGAACAAAAAAAAAAGCCUAACCUGAAUGAAUAGCAGAGAUGUAUACUUGUUAACCGCACACACACAGCUAACCCAGGUAGCUGCCCUCCCUGGGAGGGAACAAAUAAAAAACAGACGCUCUUGUGGAGCAUGUAUUUGGCCCAGUCGAUGGCUGGUUAACCAUGGCAGAGCAAUUCACUAAGCCACCGAGUGAAUUUCCCCGAGGGUUUUUAUGAUCUCCUGCUUCAAAACACAUCAAACAGGCUCUUAAAGCACUACCAGAUUUUACACUUCAAGGCAUUACUGUACUUAUGGAACUAUCCAGCUAAAUUGAACUGUUUGUAUUAUAAUACAUCAAAAUGGUUGGCCACAAAACACUCUGUCCACUGAAUGUUGCGCAAAUCAAUGUGUACGGCUUUCUGCAAUCAAAAACGAGGCCAUGAAAUUUGGACAUUUUUGUUGUAAUUCAGUUUGGAUCAUUAGGUUAAUGUACGCAUAACCACGACUAUUUUUUUUUCUGACAACAAAUGGCACAACAAUGUACGAGGGGCUGUAAAAUGACCGAGCUGAACAUUCACGGAUGCUGCAAUUUAUUGAAAAUGCUUUGGCAGAGUUUUACAUUCUUCCGUCAAUUAAGCUUCUGUUCUCAAGCAAUGUCAACACUGCCGAAUGUGGUCCUAUAUCCUCUUUGUACAUAUGAAAAGGUACCAUUCGAGUAUGUUGUGACUUAGCCACUGUUCGUGUAUUUUAACCAAAUGUCAAAACUCACCAGUCAACCAUCAACAAUACCACUUACAAUACUCCGUGAAUUUCAACAGUUUCUAUUGUGUACGGUGGACAAUAUAAACAAUGAAUAUAUACUUAUAAUACUGCACAUUAUUUAACCAGGAUGAAACCCUUGAGAUUCGUAUCCUGUGUCUCACAGGGUGCUGAAAUAUGAAAACAGGAUGCAGUCCGCAUUAAUUAUUCAAAACAAGAAUGUUAUGCAAUAUAGACAAGCCAACGUGAUUGUCAAAACUGGAGAUGUUAUCCUGAAUGUUGCUUUCUUAGUAUGUUAUGAAUGUUGUCUUACAGGCAAGAAAGGAGCUAUUAAUCCAGCCUGGGAUGAUUUCAUCCAACAUUAAAAUAAAUAAAUAUUAAAAUUAUUCUUAUUCGCAGUCUAUUUCUUGUUUAAGAAAUUCAACGAAACCUGAACGGCUAUUGUAUUUUAAAAGAGUGGAAAAUUAAAUCCCAAUGGCUUGAUGGUCAUGCACAGUAUUGUUUUCUAAUAUAUUUUUUACUGCCUAUUGUACACCUGUUUAUAACGCAGCUAAUGGUAAUAACAUUACCGCUGCUUGUCAAGCCAAGAGUGGUUGUCCUAUGGAUAGACUGGCCCUGCCAUAUGAAUGUGGAGCAUUAACCGCUGAGUCACAUCUCCACCGGUGGACAUCAAUGCAGCCCAAUGUUUCUUCUAGAUUUGAAGUUUUCGUGACUGCAAGGAUCCAUACUCUUUGGUUCUUUCGGUAAAGCGAUUGUUUUUUCGCUGUGGAUGUCCCCACCUGAUGACGGACGCUUGUGUUGCGCCCGAAACGUCGUGAUUUAAUUUAGUUGUUUUCAUUUUUGUUUUAUUUUAUUUAAUUCUUACCUACGUGACUUUACCGAGAGAACCAGAGAGUAUGAGCCCAAUGUUUAUUUGAACACGGAGGCACUUCAACUUUUGACUGUAUUCAUAUUCAUGUUUUUCUUUUAGUAAAUCGCAUCUUCCAACACAAUGGGACUUUCUCCAAUAAUAUUUUUGGGGGAAAUAGCUGGGACUCCACGGCUGUGGUUCAGUAGGAGUGGCCUAGCUUUGUUGGGACCGGAAUUGCUGUCGCUGGCGGGGGGACAGGCUGACAUCCAUAAAAGAUGUUUCACACGCUCGCACUUGCAGCUGCACCAUUGUCCCCAUGCCGUAUCCUAAAAAUGGGCCCUGUUCCCCAGCUGUCUUCCUGUUGUAUACAUGACUUCACCGAGGCUCAAUGCAGUGAGUGCAGGUGUAAACAGUUGAACGUUCUAUUUUGGUGAACUUUAAAAAAAAAAUCAUCUUUCUUCCAAAAAUGAAUGGACGUUCUAUCUUUCGUCCAGUAUGUUGUCAAGCGUGGUUGCGCCUGUAAUCCAACGACUUGUAGGUUGGGUUGGUGGGUCAUGCAGAGAUGUGUGCGAUGCCCACCUGCUGGGCAAUGAAGGCAGUUGAGUAAGUCGGUUGUGGAUCUAUCGUAUUUGUGAAAUUUCAGUGUUACCUCAUUUUAAUGGCUUCCAGCUUCUACCCACACGCAAUCGUUUAUAGAAUAUAUAUUAGACAACUAUUCCCAGAGUCCUUCUGAAAAAAAGAACCGUGUGAAUCAAUGAGGCUUUGAUGUGUAAAUAGUUAUUAUAGUACAUAUUUCAAACUUAUAAUCAAGUGGCAAUAUAUAAUUACGGUUCACCAAAAUGUAGAAAGGAAUGUUGGCUUAUUUCAGGUCACACACACUUUGACGAUUCUGGAUCCACGUGGCACGGAAAACACACUUCAAUCAUCAUCUCCAACUGUUUCAGUUUUGACCGCAGUUUAAUUUUUUUUCAAAAUUGUGAUUCGUGUUUCCCCCCCCCCCCCAAACCUUUGUCUUGCCCUCCCAAACUCAAGUCCAGAGUCACCAUACAGCAACACUCCGCUGCGAUGUGUUUUGUUUGCCCGCAGAAAGAUGGAGAGCGCAGGGACCCCAGGAGCUUUGCUCCUCACCUUGGUAUACAGCCUCGCCCAGCUGCCCAGGCACGUGGACGCAGAGGAUAUUCUUCGUGCGCAGUACGACUGCUACAACAAGAUCAUGAGCGACCCCCCACACGCAGACGGAGCCUUCUGCCCACGUACGUGGGACGGGUGGAUGUGCUGGGACGACACUCCCGAGGGGACGAUGGCCUCACAAUUCUGCCCUCCAUACUUCAAGGACUUUGACACCUUUGAGAAAGUUACGAAGAUCUGCAACGCCAGCGGAGCAUGGUUUCGCCACCCAGAGAGCCAGAGGACAUGGUCCAACUACACGCUGUGCAAUGCCUUCACCGAGAAGAGAGCACAGACCACGCUGAACAUGUAUUACUUGGCGGUCAUCGGCCACGGCCUAUCCAUCGUCUCCCUGCUCUUCUCCCUCCUCAUCUUCUUCUACUUCAAGAGCCUCAGCUGUCAGAGGAUCACGCUGCACAAGAACCUCUUCAGCUCCUACUUGCUCAAUUCGGUGGUCACCAUCAUCCUGCUGUCUAUGGUGGUGACCAGCAAGUCCUUCAUAUCCUCCAACCCCGUGGGCUGCAGGGUGGUGCAGUUCCUGCACCAGUACCUCAUGGGGUGCAACUACUUCUGGAUGCUGUGCGAGGGCAUCCACCUGCACACGCUCGUUGUCGUCGCCGUCUUUGCGGAGGAGCAGGAGCUUGUGUGGUACUACCUGCUCGGCUGGGGUUUCCCGUUCAUCCCAGCCAUCCUGCAUACCAUCAGCAGGACCCUCUACUACGACGAUGACUGUUGGAUCAGCUCUGAAACCAGUCUGCUGUACAUUCUGCACGGGACCUUCGUGACAGCACUGGUGGUAAACUUGUUCUUCCUGCUGAACAUCGUACGCGUGCUCCUGACCAAGUUGAGCGACACGCACCGCGCCGAGUCGCACAUGUACAUGAAGGCGGUGCGCGCCACCCUCAUCCUCGUGCCGCUGCUCGGCAUCCAGUACGUGUUGGUGCCCUGGCGUCCAGAGGGCCACGUCGCCGGAGAGAUGUACGAGUCCAUCAUGCAGAUCUUCGUGAACUACCAGGGUCUACUCGUUGCUACAAUAUUCUGCUUCUUCAAUGGCGAGGUGCAGGUGGUGCUCACCCGCCACUGGUCACAGUGCCGGCGGAGGCAGUUUGGCAGCGCUCGUGACGCGGGCCGCUCCUCCUCCUACACCGGCACGUCCAUCACGGACAUGCCAGGCUACACCUCGCACACGGGGUGGAACAAUGGCGAGCACGCCAACGGCAAGUCCAGCGAUGGCAUCUUGUGCCUCAAGAAUCAGCCCAUCCCCAUGUAGGCGGUGGGGGGUUGGGGGGGAGGCACCGCGCGUCCACUCCCACGUCCAUGGUGGCACGUGGCAGAGUGGCGCAGCCAGCGCUGCUAAUCUCUACCUGUCCACCGGCACCUUCCGUCACCUGUUCGCGCAUGGACCCAAUCCCCCUUGUCUACAACGCCCAGCUGGAGACGCCCACACCCACGGCAUCCUCCCCCUUCCACGAGGGGUCAGUGGCCGAUGUCGACGAGAGCACUCAGCAGCGUCCUUCGCACUGCAGCUCGUCGUGAAACUCUGGGGCGCUUUCAGGUCAUCUACGUGACCCGUCUCUUCACCGCCUGAAUUCACUGGGACAUUGACAUUGUUGUCUGGGCCGGUUCACUGUGGAGGAUUCAUCGUUCUUGGGGACACAUUAUUAUUCACACUCAGGAACCCGGUCUACACUGCACCCAGACCCAAGCCUUCUUCCCUUACCUUCUAGUGGCCCUCGAAGCCACAGACGAUGUGUGUUGCCAAUGAAAUUGAUCCACCACGUUUCUCUAAAAGAUUAAACGUAUCGACCUGCCAGCACUUGCCCGUGCCAGUGAAACAUGCUGCCACUUGUUACGCCGUGGUCAUGUCUGAGCCUCCCCCGCCACUGCCCACUGCAGUAGGUCCUCGGUGUGGGUGCAGGUGUUUGUGUUGUGGAGUCUCCAUCGUUGGAGUGGCGAGGUUCACCCAGUAUCCACGUGCGAGUGUGACACUUAGCGUUAGGUUUUGCUGGUCACCGCCGUCUUAACGCCUCUUGUGUGAUGAGCGAAUCAAUGACCAUCUCCUCAAUUACCUACAGGCAUAUGUGAUUGCUAAGCAACGUGAAUGCAUGUUCUGGGUUUUUUUUUCAGGUUAUGAAAAACUAGACAGUUCUAAAUUUACCUAUUAUAUUGGCUUCUCGGAGAAAAAUGAAAGUUAUCAAUGACGGCCAUCAUUUCCCAAGUGCCAUUUCAAAUGCGUCAAGUACGAGUCUCGUUUUGGCCCAUAAUGCACUCGGCAAGAUAAUCACAGCAGGUCCUUCACAGCCGCGGGGUUUGCUAUGGGUGCCGUUGCCUUUUGUCCACACACCCGGGCAUGGAUUCACCUUUGGCAUUUGGCAUUGAGUGAGGAGCACGGCGGGGUGGAAACUCCUGCAGGGAAAAGUCACCAUGGAGGAAACGCCUUAUGAUAGUGACCUCAUCAAUGCAGCAGAAGCAACACAGCUAUGCUUGCCAAUGCCCCCCCCCCCCCCCCCUUACACGCAGCCACGCGUUUUAUGACCAUUUAAUGCAAGCUUGUGUUUUUAGUAAAGCAACCAGUUUUGUUUUACCGUUGUUAUUUUUAUACAGAAAUAUAUAAGUAUAUAUUUUUUUUAUUUUGUGGGUGCUGUGGUGGCGACAUGUUAACUCCCUAGCCUGGUUUGCAGGAAGUCGUGGGUUCGAUCCUGACCCGUGGUCGCGUGGAUUUCCCUUCGGAUCCUCUGGUCUUUCCCUACACAUUUAGAAACAUGCAUUUAGAUGAUUUGGCUGCUAUAAAGUCGCACAUGAUAAGCCACUUAGUUGCGCUAUCAUUUGUGACCAGGUCGUUUCUGAAAAAAAGCUAUAUAGUUCAGUGGGCCUUACCUGGUAAAAUAAAUAAAAAAAAUGUAAUCGUAUAAACUACGACUGUUUCUCAUGCAGUGGAUAGUCUCUCUUUUAUUAAGCAGUAGUCUGAGUUAAUGGACAAAGCAAUUUGAACGAAAUACAGAAACGCCGCACGCAAAGGGCCAUCAUCAGUAACGCGGCACUCACUGCUGUGGAAUGCCAGUCGGUGGAGGAGGAACUUUCAAAGCCAAAGCAGCCUGCACAGAACUCCAUUCUGGCCAACCACAGGCAGCUACAGCAGCAGCAGCAGCACACUGACACUGGCAUGGCUGUUGGUAACAUUGCUUCGACAUUAUUAUUAUGUCUGUCAACCAGAGGGGGCCUUUGCAGGCAUUAAACAUCAGCUUGUGUUUGAAAUCUAAACUGAGCAAGCACAUAAUCGCUUAGCAGCGACUUGCAAAGCUUUGCGUCACGAUCACCUCAUGCCCAAAUACUUUUUUUUUACAAUUUGGAGUUUUCACUGUAUUGUGAAGGAUAUUCCACGUUGGUAUCGUAUGCGUACUUUAAAAAAAGAAUAAACUUAAUAAAUUUUUUAUAUUAAUUACAGAUUUUCUUAAACAUUCACAGGUCAAAUAUUUUUGGCAAUAUAUUUUCACAAUUUAUUUCAUAGGAAUUUGGGGAGUGACCAAUUAUAUUUUAACGAAUUCUAAUGAAGGAUUUUAUAUUAAAAUUGGUGCAAUAAGGGCUGUCUUGUUUAAUAGAAUUUGUCAUAAUCACUAUGUUACAAAGUGCAAUUGUAUUUGCCCGCUGAGCUGAGUUUGAUGAUUGACCUCACGUUCACCGAGGUUUAUGAGUUAUAUCAACACCCAACAUUUUCAACAAUUUUCAUGUAUAUGCAAUGAACACCUUGAAAUGACUUUGCGCAGUUCGUGCAGAAGGAGGCACAGCGAUGAUGGCAAGGUGGCAGUGGGAAUCUGUUAUGCUCGAGUAAAAAUUACACUGCGUCAUUUUAUUUUGCUCAGCCUUCGCUAAAAACCCAGUACAAACAUCAGCGAGACAAGGUAGAGAUCAAGGUGUUUAUUGUCCCUGGUCUCUCCGCGACAAAAACACUUAAUGCUACUCUCUGUCACUUAUAUACACCUGUGCUUUUGGAUAUCUUAAGCGGUAUCAUUAAAAGCAAGAGAAUGACAAAGCACACCCCCCGGUGCUGUGAUGUUGACUGGUGAUGAACUGGUUUGGAGCAUCCCGAUUUGACAACUGCAUAUGGAAAAUCUCGAGCGGCGAUGUGAGAGUGAUAGCGUCAGUAAGCUUGGUGUGGGCCAGUUGCUGGCAUUUGUGAGACAUUCGGAGGCCACGUCUAUCACAGCCUGCGAUGCGACACUUCCGACCCAGUUCAAGAGACGCAAUUCUGGGCAGUGGCCCUUUUUGUCUUCUUACAAAGCCCCCUCGAAUUCAAACAAGGGGGCCGUCUGCCGUUCAACAGCCUCAGAUGCCCCGCGCCCUCUCCCGUGGUGCGCCUUUUCUUGAGCAGUCACAUCAAUGCGCGACAUCAACUCGACGCAUGUCGGCUGGCCGCAUUGAUCCCAUUUGCCCGCCCGUUGCGGUAAUGAACACCGCAAUCCUGUGAAUGAGCAAAGGCGGAGGGGGCCCCUUCGGCCGCGUGUUCAGAGACACGAGGUCUCGCAGGACGUCGCUACGGAUGGAUGAAUAAUCACCCGUGACGGUGACUGCAGGCACGGCUCCUCCUCUGAAAUUGGUUGCAUUGUUUUUCAUGAAGUGGGAUGUGGUUUGGGGAUUGACGUUCCUCAACUCCCCCUUCCCCACCCCCCAUUACCUGGGGGGAGGUGAGGAAGAGAAGGGCAGUACAGUACAACAUGCCCUGUUCACUUUUGGUCUCAAGAUACCAACAUUGAUUCGGAGCCAACUGUAUGGUAUUCACUGUGUAACACUGAUUGUAAGUACGCGCGUGGAGUGGUGUGUGUAAAACGUGUAAGUUAUGCCGAUCCUAGCUGUAGUAACUAAACACUAAUUAAGUCACUGAAUAUUGUUACAGCUUUGUUUUUACUAUUGUAUUAUAUUUAAUGUAUUUUUUUUUGCUAACACCAAGUAUUCUGCCAUAAUAAUAAAAGCGUGCGUGCGUCAAAAGGGUCUGCUAUGCGUAUCAAAUCAAUGAAAAAGCAAAUACAAUGUCUCGUAAAAAUGACAUGUUUUACUUGAAACUCGAUUUGAAGCUUUCGUGACUGCAGGUAAUCCAUACUCUUUGGUUCUUUCGGUAAAGUCACGUAGAAAUAUAUAUGUUUUUUAAAUCAUAGAGUACGACGUUUCGAUCGCAACACAAGCAAGAGGUGAGACUUCGACUCCGUCUUGGUACCCGCGUGGAGACUGAACGUCUCUCAUUGCGUAUUCGCCAACAAGGGCUCACAGAGCGACACUUUGGAAGUUGGGGUCGUCUUACUUCACACUAAAGGUUCCCCGGUGCCUAUUGGCUCGAGUACGGAGACAGAGUGACCCGUAAUUUGCUAAUACAAUCAUUUAAUUACCGCUCACAUGCUGUAUUUAGCACUGACGAACCCGAUUAGCGCGGUUGAACAUGUUCAACUUUGUGUUUUGUUAAGCUACGGCCAGCAUAAACGUUUUAGGAAAUUAAUUCAAAGGCAUCAAACACAUCAAGUUGCUGCAGACUUUCAAUUCCACGUUUAAAUGACCCAUUUCCAUUUGUUACAGUCUGAAAGAUAUACAACACUGACGCUUCAAUCCUACACGGCAUACGUAUACUAUAACACUCCUCUUAUACGUACAAAUUAGUUGGUUUUGACCCAUUGUUUACUCCACUUAUCCACGAUAAAAAAAAAAAUUUGUCCCUCAACUCCCAUUGACAGUAAAAACUUUCCAGGUCGUAGGAAGCUGGAAGGCUCCGUUGCUGCGCUGUUUCGUGAGUUCCACCGGUUGGCGUGUCCUCGUCAGCCGAGGAUGCCUCCUCCGUCUGGCACAGUCAUGCUCUGUAAUGUUGCAUCCGCGUUGGAAAAGAUCAGACUCCUCAGGGAUGUUCUGCUCAUCGCCUUGUCUUGCUGUGCGUCACAUGCGGGGUCAAGGUAUUCCUCACCCACCUCAUCGGACUCAAAACAAAUUUUGCUUGCCAACUGUAGCCUAGAGGAUUGUCAUCCGAGGACAAGGCUGGGUUGCUGGCCCCAUGUCGGCGUGGUCAGCGACAUGCCCGCUGUGAGAAACUUGUUGCUGAUAGCCUCAAUAGACCGCAGAUGUCUGAUGUGUUUUUGAACUGAUUGGGAAAGGGUGACGAAAAGAGUGGAGUGCUCCUGUUUGUGUCACGUGGGGCAUUGUGUACCUGCUGAGGCGUCCUCCCCAUCGCCUGAAACUGAUUAUGACAAAGUCGUGCUGGAGAGGGGUUGGGGUUAACUCUGCUGACACUUCUAUUCUUGCGUGUGGCAGUGAGGGGUUAAAAGUAAUGUUGAGAGAGGCUGGUGAAUCAUUGUUACCUGGUAGGCUAUUGUCCUGCCAAGACAUGAUAUUUUUAUACCUGUCAGCCUAACACACUUCUAAUGUGUUAUACUGCAUUCACUUGCAGCUGUACUAUAUUAAUAAAGGUUUUAAUGAGAAAAACCUUGAGUAGCGCUGGCAGAUACUGGUGUCAAUAAAAAAAAGCACGACUCACAAUCAGGUUUCUGGUUCAAAUCCUGGUGGAAUCAACUCUGAAAGUAAUUUCUCUGGAGUCAUUAAUAUAACUACUUCUUAGGAAGUCAACAUUGGUCGUCCCAUUCAAUGACUGUUCUCUGCCAUAGGAAUGUAUAAUUUCCACCGGUAACUCAGAGCUGCAAAUUGUGAUUAAUCAUUUAUUCAAAAUGUUCACCUGCAACAUCCCUUGAAAUGGAGCAUCUUGUUCGCAAGGGUGUCCAAAGUGUAAAUUUCGAUGGGCAGUAGACAAUGCUUGUUUGACUUUCAGAUUCAACAUAACAAAAUGAUGCCACCCUUUCGGUGUAUUGCCCAGACCUGUGAGCUCGGAAAACCUCACCUCAAAGCAAAAGCUUGCCAGACCUGUCCAGGCACACGUGAACAUAGGGACGCAUGGAUACCUUGCUGAAAAUGUAUUUAUUGUUACAUAGCCUUUACCUAGAACUGAACAUCGUUAUUGGAAUGCCAAUGCACUUGACGAUCAGUGGAAUGAGACAAAAUGUACAUGAUCAUUUUGCAGACAAGAUACAUUUUAAUUGUGAUAACAUUGUGAAGAAUAAGGCAUCCGAUGUAAGUCAAUGUGAACGGGCCCAAAUACAAAUGUUGGAGCAAUGUCAGGCAAAACACUACCUCUUCUUAAGAUGUACACAACAUUGAAUGUUGUUCCAUUACCAAUUGUUCAUUACUAUGAUGUAGCAGCUACAAAUGCUGUCAUAUUCACAAACUAGUAAGUACAAUUAGUUCAUCGAUGUAUCACCGUAGUAUUGUUUACAUGUUAGAGAUGUUUAAUAGCAGAUGCCAUUACGCACUUGAAUAAUUACACACCCGUUAAUAAAUGUAUAACCUUCUACCAUUUGCAAUUUCCCGCAAUACCCAUAAUUCACCCCGAUCACAAAUAUACAGUUUAACAAUUUCACAUAUGUGUUAACACUCCCUAUAUUAAUCUGGAAUGUUAUUCACACAUAAACACGAAUUGUUUCACGUAAAAAAGUCCAAGAUAUACAGACUGCCUUGGAUUGAAAAUCCCACAGGCAUUAGCGUUUGCUGCUUUCAUUUCUGGUCGCAAAUAGUUACCUACCGGGGGGGAGGGGUCAGUGAAAAUCUGCGCUAGUUUUUAAUUAUUUUAACAAGCCUUUGUUUUAACUUAAGAGCAACUAAGCGAGGGAAAACGACAACAACAAAACUGCAAUCAUCCACCCGAGUGCAUGUCCUAAUUUCCUCCUGCGCAUGUGGUGCACAGUCAAAAGAGUACCGCUUUCUGCGCCCAUCCACGAUACAAAAAUCAUCAUCAUCAUCGUCCCAGUCCUGUCCGUUGGGCACUGUGUGGAGGGAACUCAGAUUGUCGUUCCAAAUUGGACUCAAAAGCUAAGCUUGUAGUUCUCCCAUUGCGCUGUGCUCAGCGAAUGAGAAGCUUCGCACGGCGCAUGAAACACAUUCUACGAAGCAGGCAGUCUCAAAGGUGCUAGAUUGUUAAGUCCCAAAUCCGCUCCACGCUGUUUGGAGUCAGUGGCUGUGGACUUCAGCCAGCUGUCUCGGGAGGUCUUUGGGGUGGGCAGUAGCCCCCACCAUAAAUCAGGUGUGAAUACCGCGGUGAUCCAGGGGUCACUUGACCGCACGGACAGACACAUAAGCACACACACACACAAAUAAACAAAGACAAGAUCCGCCUUCCGCCCCCCACCCCACCCCCGCAAAAACACACACUACAGUAUGCACAUUCACACGCAGUCCAGUAAAAAGGUAACCAAAGUAAUGAAUUAGUAAUGUGGAACCUGUUUGAUUUGUAUGACCCGUGAACGUUCGAGUUUCAGCACAAAGCAUCCUGCAAUACCAACUGUCCUCGUUAGAUAUUGUCACAUUCUGCAUGCUCCUUGCUUGCAUACAACCAGUGAAUACCACACCACCUCCGCAUUACUCCAUGUUGGGUUGAUGCAGUCUGACAGUCAACAUGGGUCACCAAGGGCAUUUUCAUAGAUUAUACAAUUUACAUGCACUGUCAAUGCAGCCGAGCAGGGCACAAGUGCAUCCUAUUUGUACACCAGACAUCAGAGUAAACAAGGCACAUGCAGCUAGUUGUCAGCUGAGAUCAACAUCCCCACCUGGGAUCUGUGUCAGAGGUCUCAGGUACAAGCAAUGGCCUCAAGUAAAUUCAUUUCGAUAAAAAAA